AUGAAACGCGAUAGCGACCGUAUCCAGUUUGUCAGUGUGAUCGAACCGGUGUACGCCAGUCCAGCUUUUGGUAUAGCUAUGGACUCCCCACCACUACCGGAUUUUGGUAGUGUGAUGCAAGAAAGCAUUGAUAACGGGAAAAAAAUUUGCCGACAAUACAUGCAAAAGGCGAAAGAAAACGACUUACCCUCGCAAGCAUUCCUUCAUGUGGAUAGCAAACCAGGUGCUGCAAUCGUCAAAUCCACCAAGGAUCAUGAGGCAGAUGUCGUAGUUAUGGGCAGUCGUGGCAUUGGCGCAAUUCGGCGCACUUUUCUCGGGAGCGUCAGUGACUACGUGUUGCACCACGCUUCUAUACCCGUUGUGAUUGUGCCACCGGGCAAAUCCGAGACAAAGUGAUCGCGCAUUCCUUGUGGAGAUUUCCACAAACAACGAACCUAUAAAUGAUUCCAUUAUCGUGCCAUCGGAUUGCCUGGUGCAAUAACACAACGCUCGUUUAAGCCUACCACUUUGCUGUUAUCUCUGAGAUACCUGUAAUUGUUGCUUCCUUGAAUUUGCUCAGAAGAAAGCAGAUCACCAGUUAAGAAUUCUUUUCAGUAACUCUCGUCACAUUUGGACUGAGAAAUACACCAAAUUCUAUA